CUAUCCCGUUACUGAGGAGAAAGCGCACGAGUUUCGUGGCACUCGCACGCGCCUGCAGUCACGCGGACGCGCUCUCGUGCUUCUCUUCCCGCCCAUGAAGAGUGAGAGAGAGACUUUAGGCUAGCGGCAGACUCGGGGGAGCACAUCUCUGCGACACGCGUAAACGAGGAGUAAACGAGGAUUCGACUGGACAGUCAGUUUUUUACAGCGCGUCAGCCCAUUGAGCUGUUAGGAGCGGUGCCAGACUGCAGGAGAAUGGAUCAGGCAUACGGGGCAGGAAAAGCCGGAGGAGCCUUCGAUCUGGUAUCGUUUAUCCAGCAGCCCCAACCUAUCCUCCGCCUCGUGUCCUGGAUCUUCUCCAUCGUGAUUUUUGGGUGUAUUGCCAAUGAGGGCUAUGUGAACCGACCUGAUGCAGAGGAGGAGUACUGCAUCUUUAACCGUAACCAGAAUGCCUGUAACUACGGUGUGACUAUGGGCUCUCUGGCCUUUCUCACCUGUCUUGCCUUCUUGGCCUUGGACGCCUAUUUCCCACAAAUCAGUGGAGUCAAAGACCGUAAGAAAGUCGUUCUGGCAGACAUCAGCUUCUCGGCCGUCUGGGCCUUCAUGUGGUUUGUGGGCUUCUGUUUCCUGACCAAUCAGUGGCAGGUGACCAAUCCUGAAGACAACCCCUUAAACGAGGGUGCAGAUGCAGCAAGAGCAGCCAUCACAUUUUCCUUCUUCUCCAUCUUCACAUGGGCUGGUCAGGCUUUCCUGGCAUUUCAGAGGUACAAGCUCGGAGCAAGUUCCAGUCUCUUCUCGCAGAACUACACUGACCCAAAUGAGGAUGCAGCAGUGCGCUCUGAAGGCAUGGAGUACCCAGGCUACACAGGAGACAUGGAGGCACCAGGCAGUAUGCAUACCAACUAUGAUGGAUCUUCUGGUUACCAGACCCAAGAGUACUAAGGGGCCUUGCAAUCAGCCCAUGAAGGUUUAUUGUAAGAGCUAUAAUGGGCAUAUAUAGGAUGAAGAACGUUGCGCAAAGUGGAACUUUGGGGUGAGAUAAUGAAACAGACGCUGGCUAUCUUAUGGGGUUUGAGGGAGCAAUAUGUGGUAUUCAGUGACUUACCAUUGAAGGGGUUUAAUCUGGGGAUGAGCAGGUUGUACAUGGGAGGGGAACAGUUGAUGUGCAACUGUUCUGUUUUAAAUAUUUGUAAAAUUCAGAAUGCAGGUGUGUCUUUGUGUGUGUGUGUGUGUGUGUGUGUGUGUGUUCCAACCAUUUUGCCUUCAGCUAAAGAGUGCAAAUAGCUGGUAGCUGAUUGAAUUAAAAAAAAAAUUCUCAGUGGGGUUUUGUAAGGUUGAAGCCUGUAUAUUCCUAAAGGAGAAUAUACAGAGUUCAAAGGAAAAUCCUUUGUUGUAAGUCUACAUACUGUAGAACCCUUAUGGGUUUUUCACAAAGGGACAAUCCAAAGAGCAUUCUAGGAUUGAUGAUUAAUUGAUUUUUAAAUGAGCAUAUCCAAGCUUGCAAGAAUUACAUAAAUGAUAGAGAAUGAUUAAAGCACACACAUCCAAUCUGGGGUAUACAUGGACAAAGUAAGCAACUCUACAAAUUUGGAAAGAAAUAAUUUCAACUACAUUCUUCUUUCUGCAAAAAUCCAUUCCAUUCUCCUACCAUUAAGCCCCUAAUGUGACAUACAGACAUGAGAUGCACUUUAAAGUAUUGAAGAGAUGGUGACAAGGAACACAGAGCACUUUCAAUAAUCAGGUACAUAAUAUUCAACAUUAAUCCUGUAAUAUGAUUGUUGAAGGAAGGUGUUUCUGAGUGGAACUCCAAACUGUUGUUUUAUUUUUUUUAAUCAAAACCUUUGAAUAUAGGUAAGAAAUCUAAAAUAACAAAUUAUAUCUAAGGAAUAAAGCUGUUAACAAAGAAUCAAAGUUAAUAACCCGAAAAUAUACAGAUUGCAUGUUCCUGAGAGAUUGUGAAAUGUAAAUUCCUUGCACAUCAGAAAACUUAAAGAACAGCUUUACCGCUGACCGUUACAAAGCUCUGAUACCGGAGACUCCUUCCAAACAUGGUAAAUAAACAUCUCUUCACAGAAAACGUCACCAUAUUAACAUUUGUACACUUUUUAAAAAUCUGUUUAGAUGGUACGUCCACCAUACAAGUCCCUUUGUAACUAUGCUUAUACUAUAUACUAUACUUUGUUACCAUAGAAACAAUAAUGUUAGCAAUAGAGCUACUGUCAGAUAUGCUGUUAUAGAAAGUUAAUUAAUACCUUCCUACCAAUCAGAUUCGAAAAUUCAACAGUGCUUUGUCUUUCAGAACUGAAAUAACUGCCAAAGAUGUCUAAUUAACAUGUUCAUACCAGCCAACAUAUGUGUUAAUCAGUUAAACUCAUUUUAUGGGUAACUACACAACAUGUAAUACUAAAACAUUCUACACUAUGUAGCACAUGUACUAUAGGCCAAGUAAUUAAAACGCUUGGCAUAAUCUGGUGCAACUGAAGACCUGUUUCUAUUUCACUUCAAAAAUUGUUGGUUAAUACAUGUUUUUAGUUCCUUUUUAGCGCAACUGAAAUAAUCAUCGUUUUUGUUGUCCUGUGUAUGAUGUGUAUAUGAAGCUUAGAAACAGCUUAGGUUUAUAGAUGUAUUAUAUAUAACUAUAGACAUAGUACUAAUUUGAAACCGCUCUAUAUUUUUGUUUUGAAGUGUAGUACAAAUCCUAUUUUGGGGCGAUAAUCAAAAAAAAUGACUGCAUUUAUACUAUUUAUUUGUAUCAAGUGCAAUAUCUAUGGUCUCAACUGUGGAGUUUGGAUUCAUGUCAUGUGAUUAAAUUAAUAAGUAUGUUACUCAAAGGGGAUAUGUAUUUAAUCAUGUCUUAUAUUUUGUUGCGUUCUGAUAUUAAUGAUAUGAGCUGGAGUGUGUUAGAGACAAUAAACAAUUUACUGGCUGUUGUUUUA